CGCGAGUUAAAAGUGGCAUAAAAGCAGAAGGUUUGGGGACCUUUUAGGGGGCUUGCAACGGUCCAUUGUUUGCAUUGCAAAUGCUUUACAAAUGCGAGCCCAGAAGCAGGAGGGCAUUACAAGAUAUGCCUACUAGUAAGGCGGAUGCGAAAGCCAAGUACCGGUCACUUUAACAAGACCUCGGCGCCCAACUUUCAUCUUCUACUGUCCUCCUGCACUGAGACAAGAUACAUAUCAAACUACCACACACACAUGAUGCGACCCUGUCCGUGUUCUACAGAAGAAACCUUUAUGGAAAACGUCAAAGGCCCAGCAGCAGAGCAAAGCCAAAUGAGUUUGCAAAAAACAGCCGAUCGUUUGAUGCAAAUAGCCAAAGUUGUCCGUCGUGCCAAAGCGUGACGUAACCCGCGUGCAAUUCCCCCUUGACGUUGCUUGAAAUAUAAAAUGGCGAGGGCUUCUCUUUCCCCGCCCUUGAACUCACCACCACAAAGUACGGACCCGCCUUCAACAAUACCUUCAUCCAUCACACAGUGCAAACCAUGCCCAGUACUCGCUCCAAAACCACAACUGUAGUGGACAAUUAUCCAACACCACCUGCUCGCUGCAGUGGAGUCUUGUUACAUGUCACGUCCCUUCCAACAAAAUAUGGCAUCGGAGAUGUCGGACCGUCCGCACUCAACUUUCUGGAAUGGCUGCACAAGGCGGGUCAGACUGUGUGGCAGUUUUUGCCGCUGAACCCUCAUGGACACGCAGGGAGCCCAUAUGGAACGCCAAGUGCGAUGGCCGCGAAUCCGGCCAUUAUUGCUCUGGAUCCUCUCUUGGAAGUCGGACUACUCCAGCCAAACGAUAUCGAAGAGCUCCAAGGACUACCAGCAGAUCACGUCGAUUACGAUCGCGUCACACCGCUCAAACGCCGAGCACUGCGUCUGGCGAGGGACCGGUUCAGAGAGGGGACCAUAGCCAACCCCGUUCUGGCCGAGUGGGAAGAGCGUCUCAACAAGUUUGUGGUCGCACAUGGUUCGGCGUGGUUGGACGAUUAUGCCUUGUUCACAGCCAUCCGCGACAAGGAAGGUAAACCAUGGGUGGAAUGGCCUGUGGAUCUCCGGGAUCGCAAAUCAUCAGCACUGCACAAGGCGAGAAAAGAUUUGGAAGACGAUAUUGAUGAACACGUUUUCAACCAAUUCCUGUUCAACGAGCAGUGGACUCUUGUUCGCCGACGGGCCAAAGAGCUUGGUGUUCGGCUGGUGGGCGAUAUCCCGAUUUUUGUUGCGCACGACAGCGCGGACGUAUGGAGCCAUCGAAAGAUGUUCAAACUGGACAAGGAUGGGAAACAGAUUGUUCAAGCUGGUGUACCACCAGAUUACUUUAGCGCCACAGGUCAGCUUUGGGGAAACCCAGUCUAUGACUGGGAUGCAAUAGCAAAAGAUGGUUACAAAUGGUGGACGCAGCGCUUCCGUCGUACAUUGGAGUUGACCGAUGUGAUUCGCAUUGACCACUUUAGAGGCUUUCAGGCUGCCUGGGAAGUACCUGCUGAGGACAAAACAGCUCAAAACGGCAAAUGGGUCGAAGGACCGGGUGCAAAAGUUUUUCGGGCGGUAGAUAAAGCUCUUGGAACACACAUGCCUGUCAUUGCCGAAGAUUUAGGCUUGAUAACUAAAGAGGUUCAUGACCUGCGAGAUGAAUUGGGAUACCCUGGUAUGAAGGUGCUCCAGUUUGCAUGGGGAGGCGAUGGGCAAUACGAUCCGCGCAAUGAUCAUCUUCCUCACAAUUUGAAACAUCAUCGAUGUGUUUAUUAUACUGGGACCCACGACAAUAAUACUGUUCGUGGAUGGGCAGAAAGCGCCUCCCCUGCGGAGCGUAGAGCUGUUCGUCAAUAUCUUGGCCGGGCACCCCCCGGCGUAAGCAACGGAGGAGAGACUGGGGCAAAACGUAAAAGACUCGACGAUGAAGAUCAAAAAGAGGUUAAAAGCGAUGUCAGCAGUCAAGAAACCGCAUUAGAAAUCAUAGACAGCUCCUCCUACGACUUUAUCCGCCUCGCAUUAUCAUCUAUUGCGGAUAUGGCGAUAUUUCAGCUCCAAGAUGCACUGGAUCUCGGUGGUGACUGUAGAAUGAAUUUGCCUGCAACUGCUGAAGGAAAUUGGAAAUGGAGAGCGGGCAAUGAUCAGUUGACUGAGGAGAUUGCACAACGGCUGCGGGAGUUGACGCAAUUGUACGGAAGGGUUUAAGGAGAACUUGUAGAUAGUCGGAUUGAAACUCGAGUAUUAUAGAUUUUUCUGUAGAUAAAGGCAGUCAACCUCCCCUCAUCCUCGUACAUCAAAGUCUUUCCGCAUUUUUCACUUUGUAUUCUG